AUGGAUGUAGUGAAGACUUCUUGCCACGGGCGUAUUGUGAAGGUGCCUGCAGGUCCUCUAGUGCGAGUUGAGAGCACAGAGGUGGUGAUUCCAUGCAACGUUAGUCAAUAUGAAGGACCCAGCGAGCAGAACUUUGACUGGGAGUUCUCUAGAAUCUCUGCUCCGGACUCUAGAUUUGUACAAGUAGUGAGUACUUGGGACCCUUGGUUCACGUCUCAGGAGUAUAAAGAUCGGGUUGACGGUAAAGAGAUCACAUUGAGGCGAAACAGCAACAACUCUGUGGAACUCGUGAUUGGAAACAUCCGCCCUGCUGACCAAGGGAUGUACCGAUGCACAACGCCCAGCACAGAUUCUGUCGUUCAGGGAAAUUACAAUGCCGUAGUUGAAGUCAAAGUGAUUGCGGAUGGCUUAACCAUUGGUGGGUCUAAAGCUACAUCCACUUGGAACUUAUCAGAAGGAGAUGCAUUUCAGUUGCGCUGCUCAGCAUCCACCAAUUCUUCAGAACACACACAUCUGCACGUGUCUUGGGAAUUCAGAAACGGGUUUGCCUGGCAAGAAAUUCUCUCCUUGACGCAUGAGGGCAAGUUCCAGCCUGGUUCAGAGUAUAACGAGCGCUAUAUCAGUGGAGAUGUGCGUUUAGAUGCCAUGGCCAAUGACAUUUACCGCUUGUCUGUGUCCCAGGCUCUUCCAACAGAUGAAGGUGCCUACAGGUGUCGAGUGAGUGAAUGGGUUAAAGGUGCAGAUGCUUCAUGGCAGAAGAUCCAAGAAAAGGCUGUGGAUAUAGCAAAUGUGGUGGUGCAGCCAACAGCUUUAGGUGUGUUCAUCACCAGAAGCAAUGUAUCUGUGACAGAGGGAGACUCCCUUGACCUUACCUGCAACUUCACAACAGACAGAAGUGGUAUUUUCCAAGCAGAAGUCAGGUGGUACUUCAGUGAAUCACCUGAUAGCACCAUGGCAGAAGCUCAGGUUUUGCUAAGUGCAGACCGUGAUUCUGUUGUUAGUGAUUCUACCCUCAUCAGCCUCAGCCAUGUGGAUCGGAGUUCUUACCACCUAUUGGUACGUGAUGUGAGCACUGAAGAUUCCGGUUACUACUACUGCCAAGCAACUCUCUGGGUGCCACAGCACAAUGGUAGCUGGCACAAGGUAGCAGAGAGGACAUCUGUGCCUGUCACUGUGGAGGUGUUGGCAUUAGAGCCAAAUUACCAUGUGUUUCUGAAUGCGACUAAAACACCUAAGUAUGCAGAAGAUCCCACAGAAUUGGAAUGUAGGAUCACAGAGGCGCAGAACACUGAAACAAAUGUGCGUUUCACUGUCUCAUGGUACUACCGAUUACCUAUGCGCAGCGAUGAAGUAGUGAAAGAUGAACUUCUUGCCACCAUGGAUGCAGACUGGACACUGGUAGUUGGGGACAGAAGCAAACAACGGGCCCAGAAUGGGGAAAUUAUUUUCUCUAAACCAACUGUGGACACCUUCCGCUUACGAAUCCAGUGGACCUCUGAAGUAGACAGAGGAGAUUAUUAUUGUGUAAUUUCUUCAUGGAGCAGGCAACGAAAUAACAGCUGGAUAAAGAUCAAGGAUGUGGCUUCUGUGCCUGUAAGCAUUUUAUGGUCUACACAAGAUUAUAUGCUGACCGUAGAGGCUGUGAAACUGAAGCCAUUCUUCAUGGCAGGGCACACCUUUGAAAUGACAUGCAAGGUGUCUUCCCAGAACAUCAAGACUCCUCGUUACUCAGUCCUCAUUACAGCCGAGAAGCAUCUGAAUGAUCGGUCAACUCCUAAUGGGACCACUCGCAUAAUUUCUCUCAAUCAAGAUUCAGUGGUCAGACGGGAAGAUUGGACAGACCAGGAACGGGUGGAUGGUGUGGUCUUGGAAAAGGUUCAGGAGAACGAGUUCCGCUACAGGAUGUACCAGACACAGAUUUCUGAUGCUGGGUUGUAUCGCUGUGUGGUGACUGCAUGGUCACCAGGGGGUGGAGGCAUGUGGCGAGAGGCAGUCAAUGGUUUAUCCAACCCGAUCCAGAUAGACUUCCAGACCUCAGGUCCUGUUUUCAAUGUCUCUGUGGAAUCGCAUAAAACAACAGUUUAUCGAGGAGAGCUGGUGAAAUUAGAUUGCAUCAUCUCCAUUGCAGGGACAGUACUCAGUCCAGAUGACAUGUCCUUCGAUGUCUCUUGGUUUGCCAUGCACUCAAUCGCAAUGGACAGAGACCCCAUUUUCCUCGCUUCAUUAGAUCGGAAAGGGAUAGUCACCCAGGCCAAAAGAAAUGGAAGCAGUGAUGUCAGCUUGGAAAGAAUCAGCCCCAUGGAAUUCCGUCUUAGGAUUCACGGCUGUGAAGACCAGGACUUUGGCAAUCACUACUGCUUAGUAACCCCCUGGGUGCGGUCAACUGCAGGGAUCUGGCAACAGGAGAUGGAGGUCAAAUCCAAGCCAGUCCUUGUAACUGUGAAAAUGGAUGUGCUGAAUGCUUUCAAAUUCCCACUGUUGAUUGGCAUUGGCCUGUCCACAAUCAUUGGACUCUUAUCCUGUCUGAUUGGCUACUGCAGUUCCCGUUGGUGUUGCAAGAAGGAAGUUCAAGAAACCCGACGAGAGAGACGCCGGCUUAUGUCUAUGGAAAUGGACUGAGCUUCAAAGUUGAGGUGGAUGCACACGUUUUUGGGAGGGAGGGGAUUUUGGAAGGCCUGAGGCUACUCAGACUUGAGUGUGUCGAGCCAAAAUGCCCUGACAACAAUCAUCUGACCUUCUCUCCUGGACCUAGAACUUCUCCUUUUACCAGUGUUUCACAUUUAGAGCACAAGUAGUGUUUGUCAGCAUUGAGCUCUUCUUCAAGUGGCACUUUUUUGAGGGAUAGUUCUCCCCCCCCCCACAGGCAAACUGUUCCACAGUGUGCUUCCUGCAGACCUUUAGCUAAGACUCACUAUCAAGGCUUGUGUUUAAAACAUUUUCCCUUGUUGUUAAAUAGGAAGAUGGAAUUGGAAGAGCUCAGAGGCAAUAAAUGUCUUCCUUUAUAACUAGCUGAUCCCUAGAGAAGAGAGAACAGGUUCCCUUACUCCAGACAGAAUCUGGUGAGGAAAUCCUCUUGUCUGCUGUUGGUGGGAUUGGAAUUCAUCCUAAACUAAAACUUGGAUUGUAGUUUCUGAAGUCUUUUUUUUUUUUUUAGCAACCCUGCAAAGGAAGUAGGCAGCAAUACAAACCUUUUCUUACAGUGCCCUGCCUCCCACUGUGCUUCAUAUUGUGCCCACUAUUAUCAUACUGAUAAGAGGGGCUUGAGCUUCUGUGCCCUGCAUAUUCCUAAGAGCCUCAACAUGAAGUGCCACCACUUUUUCCACUUCUGCUCACUGUGCUGGUGAAUUUUUUUCAUAACGAACAUGUCACCUCUAGAAACUGUAUGGAGACCGCUAGAUGUUCUUAGGUGGGUCGUAGGUCUACCUAACUCAAGGAUCAGAAGGUCUAAAAUUGAGGCAGAAUCCUCCUUGUACAAACAUUCCUGACUUGAGGCAAGUAGAAAAAAGUCACAGAGAGCAGUGUGCCAUGACAGAUUAAGGUGCACCAGGACAAAGACCCCUGCAGAUCAGUGAACAAGAGUCUAGAUCUGCAACUUGUUAUUGGGGAACUUACACAAUUGGUUUUGCAGCCACCAAGUAGACUUUGGCAGAUCAGUGUCUGCAGUUGUAACUCAGGGUAGGGGUAAGGAGGGAGGGAGGAAUAUAGUUGAUAUACAUGGGGGAUAGUGCUCCUUUUCUGGAUUCCCUUGUGCAUGCCACAUAGUGCAGCAUAUCCUUUGCUGACACACUAGGAUAAAUGAUCAUGAUAGGGAUCUCUGGUGCUAAAGUAGAGGGACCUAGAUCUUGUCUUCCACAUACCUUUAUCCCUUAUCCAAGGAGCUGCCCCUGUGACUUAAGGCAUCUAAAUCUUCCAGCACAGCCAGCAUAUCUAAGCAAUAAGAAGUCAGAACAGAGGCAUUUUCCAGAAAACUUUAGGCAUUAAACAUGUGUGACUUCAGUCAAGCCUAAGAUUGAACAUUCAUACAAAGAGCAAAUAGUCAUUCUGUUCUAUUGUGCUUGGAGGUGAAGUUGACCUGCAGAGUAAACUGGUUAAUACAAGUUGAAUGGAGAUUGUGCACAUACACAAGGAGGCAUGCAGGAUGUUAUGCGUGUCAACAUCAACUUAGCACAUUCAUCUGAAGGCACAGGUGUUGUUCACAAAUCACCAGUUUCAGCUUGCAUUGACUCCAGUAUAUGAUUGUGCAUAUUGCUAGGUUUGCAAGCUUUAAUUCUGGGGUGUCCAAACUGAGAUUCCUGAAAGGUUCCUUGAGAGCUGCAGGAACCCACUGGAAAUCUGCAAACUUUAAAGUUGUUUGGAGUCAACAUGGAUAGAGUCCUCCAGAAGGCUUAGUAAAAAUGAGAGUUCUAGUUGGCUGACCAUGGUAAUCUGCCCCUUUGGGGCCUUCUCUGUGGCAAACCGUUUUUGCACUUGACAUUUAGAGCAUUGCCCCAGGUGGCUUAUAUUUAAUCCGACAUCCUACCCAUCUAGACAAAUCCUAUGUCUUAACCUUUCAUAUUGCAAGCUAAUGUUUUAGUUGCAUUCUCCACAUUGUAAGACUUAUUUCUUUCUUUUUUUAAAGUGGAGCAGAAGCAGUUGUCUAAAGCACAAAUUAUCCUUCCAUGCAUAUUGUGUCUCGAGUCUUUCUGUUCUCACAUUUUGAGGGAUAAACAAAAACAUUUAAAUGCAAUAAUUAUGAAAUGGCUUAGCCCAGGAAAGUUUAAUUUUCUUUGAACACUCAUUGCACACUUUGCCUCUCCAUGGAAAGAAACUCAGGGUUAUUUUGGUUCAGGGAUUCCCUGCCUUUCAUAGCAAGGUUCUCUCAAGUUGUUGCCCACACUUCUUAGACCAGACGGUGGGGAGCUAUUUUUCUUCUAAACAAAUCUGGCUGAUAGGUUCAACUGCUCCUUUUGAUUUGGGGUUAUGCUUUCUUGCUUGUACUUAGGUUUACCCUGAAUUAGUACCACUCCAGAGUCUCCUUCCAAUUGUGCCAAUUUUAUAUUGUUCCUCUUUUUAAAAAGUAGUUCUUCUGUCUCUCCAGAAAAUAUUUGUUGCUUCUGUUUUGUGUUAACUCUCUCUGGUAUCUCUGUGGAGAAGGAGUUGCAUGGGAUUCAGUUAGGUGUUCAACAGUAUUUGUCAGAGUUGCAGUCAUGGAAUCAACAGUCAAGCAUUCUAAGGGCUCCUGUCAACCCUGAUUUGUCUCUUCCCAUGCUUCCAGCUCACAGUUGGGAAUUCAGGACACUUGGAACACGAAUUGGGUAACAUUUCAAAAGCAUCUUUCUUAAAGGACAGGAAAACGUUUUGGUUGAUUUUGAAGAAAGGUUUUAGGCACAGCUCUGGAAGCUUUUAAAGAAAUGUGUUCAGCAUGGCUUUGGAAGAUAUGAGUUGAACAGUUAAACGAUGCUGUGUAAUGUGUUUUUUACAUUGAAAAUAAAUUGUCUUUUU